AUGUGGACCGCAUUGUGGACUCUUUUGCUACUGCUUCUAUGUGGUGUCCAGGGAAUACUGGGACAGGACGUAGCCCAAAACCAGAGUGCAUCCGCGAUAGAGCCCCGAAUCGUGGGCGGAAUCAGGGCGAAGCUGGGUCAAUUUCCGCACCAGAUUUCCCUGCGUCUCCGUGGAGAACACUACUGCGGUGGAGUCAUAAUCUCUGCCAGCCACGUAAUCACCGCUGGCCACUGUGUGAAGCACGGGAACGAUGUAGUUCCGGCAGAUCUAUGGUCGAUCCAGACGGGCAGUCUGCUCCUCUCGAGCGGCGGGGUGAGGAUUCCGGUGGCCGAAGUUAUCAUGCAUCCCAACUAUGCCACUGGUGGACACAACGUUAGGACUAUUAAUAUACCUAUAAUACGUCUUAAAGUGAUUUUCUCAGGAACAUCACCUUGUUGGGCAAAAAUGGAAAAUGAGCAAUUUCGUUAA